UGAGCAGAGAAACACAGAAUCUGAUUCACUGGCAUAUCCGUCUCUAAGUUGAUGCGAGGGAUAAUGUGAAGCACGAUGGCUGAUUUUGAAAACUACCAAGAAUACCAGAGAUUAGAGGAUUAUGAGGAAGACUCACCUCCAGGAGAAGAGGACCUGCUAAUUCAUGUGCCGGAGGGGCUCAGAGAUUCCUGGCAUCACAUCAAGAACCUUGACAAUUUCUUCACUAGAAUUUAUCAUUUCCAUCAGAAGAAUGGAUUUGCCUGUAUGAUGUUAUCCGAGUUCUUUGAACUUGUGCAGUUCCUGUUUGUGGUCACUUUUACUACUUUCCUCUUCAAUUGUGUGGAGUAUGACGUGCUGUUCGCUAACCGAGCGGUGAACCACACCAGUGUGAACCCACUAGAUAGGACCAAGGUCACUCUACCUGAUGCCAUCCUUCCCACUCAGCAGUGCACAGAGAGGAUACAGGACAACAGCUUGAUUAUCUUGCUCCUAAUAAUAGCCGCCGUCUUUUGGAUCUAUCGACUCGGCAAAGUGAUCUGCAAUGUGCUCAGUUACUGGGAAAUUCGCCAGUUUUACAUAAAAGCCCUGAAAAUUAGCAUGGAUGAGCUAUGCAACUUCAGCUGGCAGAAAGUACAGGAACGUCUGAUCCGGCUGCAGCGUGAGCAGCAGAUGUGCAUCCACAAGAAAGAGCUGACCGAACUGGACAUCUACCACCGAAUCCUGCGCUUUAAGAACUACACCGUUGCCAUGAUCAACAAGUCUCUGCUGCCUGUACACCUACGUGUGCCCUUCCUUGGCGACGUGGUCUUUCUGACCCAGGGUCUGAAAUACAACUUUGAGAUGAUCCUGUUUUGGGGACCUGGCUCACCCUUUCAGAACAAGUGGAGCUUGCAUCCUAAGUACAAGCGGGGAGGCGAGAGGCUGGAGCUGGCGCGGCAGCUGAGUCGCACCAUACUGCUGGCAGGUGUGGCCAACCUGAUGUUAUGCCCAUUGGUGCUGGUGUGGCAGACACUGUACGCCUUCUUCAGCUACGCAGAGGCGAUAAAACGGGAACCUGGCAGCCUGGGUACACGCCGCUGGUCUCUCUUUGGUCGGCUCUACCUGCGCCACUUCAACGAGCUGGAUCAUGAGCUGCGUGAGCGUCUCAGUCGUGCCUACCGCCCUGCGUCCAAGUAUAUGAAUGCCUUCAACUCACCGGUGCUCGCCGUGCUGGCUCGCAGUGCAGCGUUCUUUGCCGGCUCACUGCUCGCCGUGCUUGUUGUACUGACUGUUUAUGAUGAGGAUGUACUCGCUGUGCAGCACGUCCUCACGACUGGUACUGCGCUAGGAGUCAUCAUCACCGUCGCCAGGUCCUUUAUCCCAGACGAGCAUAUGGUGUGGUGCCCCGAGCAGCUGCUACAGUGUGUGUUGGCUCACAUUCACUACAUGCCUGACCACUGGAAGGGCAACGCCAACAAGAGUGAGACUCGGGACGAGAUGGCACAGCUUUUCCAGUACAAAGCAGUUUUUAUAUUGGAGGAGUUGCUCAGUCCCAUUAUCACUCCCUUCAUCCUCAUCUUUCUCCUUCGGAGUAAAUCUCUGGAGAUCAUCGACUUUCUGCGCAACUUCACUGUGGAGGUUGUGGGCGUCGGUGACAUAUGUUCCUUUGCACAGAUGGACGUCCGCCGACACGGCAACCCACAGUGGAUGUCGGAGGGCCAGACAGAGGCCUCUGUCUACCAGCAGGCUGAGAAUGGCAAGACGGAACUGUCUCUCAUGCACUUCACGCUGAAGAACCCUCGGUGGCAUCCACCUCAGGACAGCUCAAUGUUCAUCAGCCACGUGCGUGAGAAGGUGCAGCAGGAUGCUCAAACUGGCCCAAAUCCUCAGCUUCUGCUCUCUGAGGCUCCACUUUGCACCUCACUGCUCUCCACUGAGUCAGCCACAGGGCCUGAUAACCUGCUGGCGAGUGUUCUGGCUCACCCAGUGUUGACGGCGUCCGGUAUGUCUGGCUGGAACCGUCGCUUCGUCUCUCAGAGCAGCACGGCCUCGGCUGCUGCUAGUGUAUUAGCCUCACUGUCCACCUCCCAGCAACCAAACACCUGCCGUUCACGCUCACAUGCUUUCCAGCCUUCCGUUCAUCACCCACAUGAAAGCCCCAUGUACCACAGUGACCGCACUGCCGCAGACAGCAUGUCCGGCAGCGAGUCCAAGAUCUUCUACCAGUCUAGCUCAGCCCUGAUCUCUGAGUUUGCAUCAGCUGAGAUGAGCCUGCAAGCCAUAUACAUGCAUGAGGUCCACCAACAGAAGUCUCAGUCUGUGAGCGGACCAGCCCAACUUCAUCCUCCCAUGUCAUUAAGGGACUUUGGUGCCAGUGCAGCGGCUAGUUCUCAGGCCCAAACAGCCAGCUUGGUGGCACCAUCUCCUCUCCGGCUGGCAGGCUGGGUGGAGGAAGACGAGGAGGAAGUGGAGAUCAACAGCAGCUCUGCUCCACAUCACAGUCACAGUCACACCAGCGGGGGGAGCAGCUGAAGUGCCUUCCAGAUCUAGGUGUUUGUAUUCAUUUUCUGGAAGAAUCUUGUGGCCUUACUUUAAUUCGAAGCUCCUUGAUUGAAAGUGUCUGGUCAGGAUCUUCACCGCACUGGUCUUCCAGCCCGACAAGCCGCGGCAUUAUGAAACACAAAAGACGCCAACUGACUUUUCCUCUGUCUUUAUUUGAUCAGAGUAUGUAUUUAAUUUGAAAGAGUGUUUUUUUAGUAUGUGUGUGUGUGUGUGUGUGUGUGUGUGUGUGUGUGUGUGUGUGUGUGUGUGUAAGUAUA